AUGGAUUCAGAUCAAAUCACUAGGGAAACGAAAGACGUGAAGGAGAUGCUUAUUGAUUUGGAGACAAAACUUGAAGAGAUGAAAGCAAAUCCUGUCACUGCACUGAAAGAAAAUGGAAAGCCGGUAAACCAAGUCCUGGAAGAUGCACUUAAAGAUGCAUUCCUUGGUGCUGCUACGUCUUCUAUCACGGACAAGCCAAGCUCUAAGUCCGACCAGCCCAUAAAUGACCUAAGUGCCCGCGUGAAGCGCAAGAAGCAGCAGCAUAAGUAG